AUGCGUCAUAAUUUGAAAUCGCAGAAUCCCAUUCAGUUAUUGUCUACUCUUCCCAAUCCAUAUCAAGCUCCGCCGGCAGCACCAUCACCAUAUUAUGCCCCCUCCGUUCCCUCUGCCGGCGAAUUUACCCCCUCCUCCUCCUCUUCCAAUGUUACCAUAACACUCCCACCAUCAUCACUACCAUCACCACCAGCAGCACAUCCCGUCGAAUCAGUAGUGCUCCUCAUGCUGCUCCUCACUCGCAGGUGGUUCGGGGCGUAUUUCUCUCUCGGGUCCGUGGGCUGGCUAUGGCACCAGAACGUUGUCAGUAGGGAGUCGCCGGAUAGUUGGAGCGCGGGCGAAUAUGCGGGCGCAGACAAGGCGCUGAAUGGAUGGGAUGCGGCCAUCUGUAAAGGCGUGGGCCUGUGUAGGAAUAAGUUUGGCUCGAGCGUGCAUGUGGAGAAAGAGGAGAUGCGGAAGGGGGAGAUGGAGAGUACGCCGGAUUUUGUGCUGGAUUAUGCUCCGUAUGUGUAUCUUUAUAGCCAAGAGAGGUUUUUGCCGGGCGAUAUUGGCGAACACCUCCGACACACCAUACCUUAUCUCAACUACUCCCCCAUCACAUCUUACAAUAAUCACCAAUCGCUCAAAAACCUCGCGGAGCUAAAUCAAUUCGGAACCAACGUCUAUCUAACCUCCGAUGACGAUCCUGAACAUCCACCAGAAUGGCUCCGUGGCGACCGCAAUAAACCGAUAUCUCCGGGAAGCGACGACGACGACUUACUAGGGAUGAGCGCAGCGCCGGGAAUCAUCAUAUGGGUAGAAAAGGGAGAAGGUAUUGUCGAUGCAUUUUAUUUCUACUUCUAUAGCUUCAAUCUCGGGAACAAGGUGGCGGGCUGGAGGUUCGGAAACCAUGUAGGCGACUGGGAACAUAACGCCGUGAGGUUUGUGAAUGGGCUGCCGGAGUCGGUGUUUUAUAGCGAGCACAGCGGUGGCGCGGCAUACGAGUACCAAGCUGUCGAGAAAAUAGGUUUAAGGCCGGUAUCGUAUUCUGCGCGAGGAUCGCACGCGAAUUACGCAAGGCCUGGGGUGCAUUAUUACGCCAUCCCGUUCCAUCUCCUUGCCGAUGUCACCGAUAAGGGUACUCUGUGGGAUGUGACGAAGAAUUCGUAUAUCUAUAAGUGGAACAUGACGAGCGAUGUCUUGACGCCGAGUAUGGAGACGCCGUUGGCACCGGUAGAGUGGUUCCAUUUUGAAGGAAGGUGGGGGGAUCGGUUUUAUCCGUUGAGUGAUCGGAGGCAGUAUAGAGUUGCGGGACAGUAUCACUACGUCAAUGGCCCUACAGGACCUAAAUUCAAGAAUCUCGACCGCAAGGAGGUCUGCCAGAACGAAGGCAUCUGUGUUGUCCAGCCAAGCUUAACCGUGAAGUUAGAGGGCGUCAACGGGGGUAAAUGGGACGAAGAGGAUAUCCCAUGGCCAGGCGAUUCGAAAGAAGAGACGGAUGUUGAAGGCGCCGAUGGGUAUGAUUUUGGGGGCGACUAUGCCGGUGAAGCUGGCGCCGAAAUAGAUUGA